AUGGCAUUAACAGCAUUACCACUAAAUUGUUGGCUAAAAGAGCGGUUGAAAAAAUGGGUGCAAUUGUCAGGACAUGAAGGCACAAUUGUUCCUGCUAGUGAUAAAACAUUGUGGAAAAGGCGAUCCUGUGGUAAUUACAAUGAAGCAAAUGCAUAUCGAGCAUUAAUGAAUGAUUCUGCUUUGCAAGCAUUUGUACCAAGAUAUUAUCGCGAAGUUGAAUAUAAUAAUGAAUCGUUUAUUGAAAUUGAAGAUCUCACGGCAGUAUUCGAUAAUCCUAUGAUAAUGGACAUCAAAAUGGGAAUUAGAACAUUUCUGGAAUCUGAAGUUACGAAUGAAAUGAUGCGGAAUGACUUAUACAAAAAAAUGGUGUCAAUAAAUCCUCAUGAACCAACAGAAGAAGAACGUGCACUGAAAGCAAUCACAAAAAUGCGUUAUAUGCAGUUUCGAGAAAAAGAAAGCUCUACUACUGCCUUGGGCUAUAGAAUUGAAGCUGCUAAAAUGCCAGGUGGAAGCUUGCAAAAAAGUUUCAAGCAAGUAAAAACUCGUGAAGAUACUGGACAGUUAUUAAGGGAAUUUUUCGGCAAACGAAGAUUCUCAGCUGGCUUUGACAUUUUGCAACGUUUGAAAAAAUUGAGAGAGGCUGUGCAAAAGUCGCUUUUCUUUCGAACUCAUGAGAUUAUCGGUAGCUCAUUAUUGCUGUUAUACGAUGCUACAGAUGCAAAUGUAUGGAUGAUUGAUUUUGCUAAAUCUGUUCCUGUAAAUAUGGAUACAGUCAACCAUCGACGACAGUGGGUCUAUGGUAAUCAUGAAGAUGGAUAUUUUUUUGGACUUGAUAAUCUUAUUGAAGUUAUGGAAGAAUUAGUUUUACGGUGACU